GACCGCGGUGUUGUCGGGCAGCAGCUCAAGAGCGUCGACGGAGGUAAAGUCCACGGAGGAAUCGGACGCCAUUGAGGAGGAGGGGAAGGAAGGGGGGGGGGGGGGGGGGGGAGGAGGAGGAAAAGGGAAAGGAGGAGGAAAAGGGAAAGGAGGAGGAAAAGGAAAAGGAGGAGGAAAAGAGAAAGGAGGAGGAAAAGAGAAAGGAGGAGGAAAAGAGAAAGGAGGAGGAAAAGGGAAAGGAGGAGGAGAAGGAUAGAUAUAUAUUUUACAACACCGUACGGGCGUGUGGAUAUAAAGCGUGUGUGUAUAAGCACGUACGUAGUGCCGUACGGCUGUUAAUUCUAGUUUCGUAGUGGGUAUAGCUAAGAUUGGGGAUGGAGUGAGUGCAGAGAGGGAUGAGCGUGUGUUAACUUGGUAGUGUCGUUUGGGUCGUUGCCCCAAUUGCAGUGUGUGGUUGUUGAGAGUCCCACCAUCGUUUGAGUGUGUGCCUCGUUUCACCCCUUUUUCCCCUCAUCUCUCUCUGACCCCGUUCUCAUGUCAGCUCGCCCGUCAACCUGAUCGCAGUGUGCUGUUUGUGGGUAAUCAUACCAUCUAUGGCUUUUACGACACCCCACUGCUGCUCUACGAGCUGUACAUGCGAGGGUUCAAAUGUCGCUGCCUUGCGCAUCCCAGCUUCUGGCUGCAGCAGUCUCUAGGAGAGCUCUUGGAAAGCUUCGGCCAUGUCAAGCCUUCACCUCGUGCUCUUUAUAACCUUCUCAAA